UAUCUAGAUCCAACCAAAUCUCCCCGUAAUCUCUCUCAGGUUUUAAAGUCUUGAAUGAUGCUGAAGUACGCUAAGGAUCCAACAUUGGUCUUUUGGGAUAUCAAGACGUGUCCGGUUCCCUCUGCCUGUGAUGCUAGUCGGGUCGCUCCGUGUAUUAGACGGUUUCUGAAGGAUUCAGGCUACUCUGGUCCUGUCACCAUCGUUGCUGUUGGCCUACUAACAGACGUCCCUUCUGACGUCCUACAAGCGGUCUCUUCCACUGGAAUCGUUCUUAACCACGUCUCCUACGGUUCCGUAGGCAUUUUGUCAACAAUAUACGAUUGGAUCAAUUUUAGUGACCCUCCGACUAAUAUCAUGUUCAUAUCCUCCAAUCCCUCAUUGCACAUUCCUGCCAAUAAAGGUCUUCUCAGAUACAAUAUUUUUCGGCUGUUUCCAUGUGAUUCUCCUAAUCCAGAAUCCCUCUGGAAAGACUUUCUUCUGGAAGCCUCACUUAAGUGCACUGAAACGGGUGAACCUGCCCGCUGGCUUUGCUCAGUAUGCUUUAAGGUUAAAGGCCAAGGCUUUGAAAAUUUCACCACGCAUCUCAAUACUCUAGAACAUGCACAGGAGGCCUCGUACAUGGAUGAGAGGGCUAAGUCUGUAAUGGUCUUUUGGGACAUCAACCGCUUUCCUGUUCCCCCUGGCUAUGAUCCUCGUCGGGUCGGUCCCUGUAUUAAACGGUUUUUGAAGAAUGAAGGCUACUCUGGUCGUAUCACCAUCGUUGUCAUUGGCCUACUAUCAGACGUCCCUGUUGAUGUCCUGCGUGACCUCUCGUCCACCACUGGAAUCGUUCUUAGGAACGUCCUCCGCGGUUCCAAAGACUUUGUGAAUUUUGUCUAUGUGUGGACCUAUAGGGUUUCAUCUCCAGCUCAUAUGAUGCUCAUAGGCCCCUGUCCAGAGGAUAUCAUUUGGAGUCUACAAAAGUUGGGAUACAACAUUAUUCAGCUGUUUCGUCGUAAUGUAGUGUCCCUCUGGAAAAAAUUUCUUCUGAAAGAUUCAAAGACACUUGAGGAGGAUAAGUGCAGUGAGACGGGUGAACCUGUCCCCUGGGUUUGCUCAGCAUGCAGAGACAAUAUUUGUGGCCAGGGCUUUGAAAAUUUCACCAUGCAUCUCGAUAGUAAAGAACAUGGACUGGAGAUGUCGAAGCGGCUCUCUGUGCCUUGGAGCUAUGAGAAAGACGAGGAGGCGGUUGAAGCUGGAGAUCAGGCUCAUCCGGAGAGUGCCACCAUGGUGAGUUGAGGAAGCAACCAAAGGCCUGUUUUAAUAUCUGAAAACAUUGAGAUUUCUAAAUUUUAGUUUGGUUUGCCUAAAUUUGACCCCAUGUUAUCCUGAUU